AUGGCUGUCUUCGGAGUUGCUGCCGAAAAUUCAAAUGAUGAAGUCACUCAAUAUCAAAUGGGCCGCUAUGUUAGUAGUAACGAAGCACCGACUGAUUUAUGGCAUAAAUACAAAGAUCAUAUGGCGGAAGAUAUAUUGCAUCAGAUGCGUCUUAGAACAUCGAAUGCAGAUUUGCAAAUGAACGAAGAAAUUCACAAUGAAGCAUUAAUUUUAAUUGAGGACAUGUGCUUGAUGCUUACCAACAAAGUAUUAAUUCAAAUAGGAAUGAUAGGAUCCAAUCGUCCAAUGUUCGACUCAUUUGAUCAAGAAUUCAGACGCGAAGCCCAAUACGAUUCCGAAACAUUACGAGAAAUGGUUGAUAGAACAGUUCUCCUUUUAAAUCAACAACAAAAAUAUGCUUACGAUACGCUCAUGAAAGUAGUGAACGAUGGAACUGGCGGAUUUUAUUUUUUAGAUGCUCCCGGUGGAACUGGGAAAACUUUUUUGUUAUCAUUGAUUUUGGCAACAAUUCGGUCGCAAAAUGGAAUUGCACUAGCCCUAGCUUCAUCAGGUAUUGCAGCUACAUUGUUGGAAGGCGGUCGAACAGCUCAGUCAGCUCUCAAACUGCCGUUAAACCUUCAAAUUAAUGAAACUCCAACUUGCAACCUUUCGAGGAAUUCUGCGAUGGCCAAAGUGCUGCAGCAAACAAGACUGAUCAUUUGGGAUGAAUGUACGAUGGCACACAAAAAAUCUUUGGAGGCAUUAGAUCGCUCGAUGCAAGAUUUACGAAAUAACAAAAACCGGUUUGGUGGUGCAAUGAUACUAUUGGCAGGUGAUUUUCGACAAAUAUUGCCAGUUGUUCCACGCUCAACGCCAGCUGAUGAACUGAAUGCCUGUUUGAAGUCGUCCAUUUUAUGGAAAUACAUUAAAACACUUAAAUUAAGUAUAAACAUGAGAGUCGAAUUACAGGAAGACCAGUCUGGAAAAGUGUUUUCCAAACAACUGCUCGAUAUUGGUAAUGGUAUUAUUGCUGUUGAUACAUCAUCUGGAUACAUUACAUUCCCUACCAAUUUUUGUAACUUUUGUGAAUCAAAGACCGAACUCAUGGAGAUGGUUUUCCCAAACAUUGCUCAAAAUUACGUAAAUCACAUUUGGUUAAGCGAACGUGUUAUAUUGGCCGCAAAAAAUGUUGAUGUGAAUGAAAUGAAUUUUCAUAUUCAAGAGAAAAUAGCUGGCGAAUUGAAGAAUUACAAAUCAGUUGAUUCCAUUACUAAUGAAGAUGAAGUUGUCAAUUAUCCAACAGAAUUUUUAAAUUCGCUGGAAUUGCCCGGCUUACCACCUCAUAAUCUGCAAUUAAAAAUCGGAUCACUUUAA